ACGGGAGGCAGGCAGGCAGCCGGGCGAAGGGACGCGCGCUGCGAUCCUUCGCCAUCGCGGGCCUGGGGCUCCCCCCUGGGGCCGUCGCGGGGACAGCGCGCCGGUCGCGGCGAGGGGCCGUCUCUCCUCGGCGCUCCUCCUCCUCCGGCUGCAUCAGCGGUUCACGUGGGACUUGGACGCGCCUCCGUCCUGGGCCGGUGGGGACGUCCCUCGAUCCGGCCAUGGCGCGACUCGCGCUCUUGAUGACCCUGAUCCUGCCCGGUAUCGCGCAGCAGGCCGCCCGGCCGCCUCCCUUCUUCCCCGCCGCCGGCUCGGAACCGACCCGCAGCUGCUCCGUGGUGCUGGACCCCGUCUCCGGACAGCUGGAGACCGUGACUGGCUGGGUCCCCGCGGCCGUUGCCUGGGCUAACCUGACCGAGGGCAUCCGGGAGACCGGAUGGGCCUCCCUGGAACUAACCACCAAUGAGAAGUAUAAUGACAGCCUCCAGGCCUACGCGGCAGGGCUGGCGGAAGCAGCUGUGUCUCAGCAGCUCAUCUACAUGCACUGGAUGAACACAAUGGUGGGCUACUGUGGGCCAUUCAAGUACCAGACUGACUACUGCCAGAAGCUCAACAAAUACAUUGAAGCCAACCUCGCCUGGAUGAUGCAGAUGAUGGAGGCAGCGGGCGAUUCUGAAUAUUGGUACCAGGUACGCCUCGCCCUGCUGCAGCUGAAGGGCCUUGAGGAUGGUUAUAACGGCCGGGUGGCCUUCCCAAUCGGCAAGUUCUCCAUCGCACCCUUUGGCUUUCUUUUGUUCCAGUUGGGGGGCGAUUUGGAAGACCUGGAAUCGGCCUUCAACAAAUCUGGAAACCACCGGGUUCUUGGCUCUGGGUCCUGCUCAGCAUUCAUCAAGCUGUUGCCUGGCAACCAGGAUCUCCUUGUCUCCCACGACACCUGGAAUACGUACCAGUCCAUGCUACGCAUCCUCAAGAAGUAUACUAUGCCGUUCCGGACUUCAGCCCGCAGUGACAGCUUGAUCCCCGGGUACGUCCAGUCUUUCUCCUCCUACCCAGGCGCCAUCUUCUCCGGCGAUGACUUCUACAUCUUGAGUAGCGGCUUGGUAUCUCUGGAAACCACCAUUGGGAACAGCAACAGCAGCCUGUGGACGUUCAUCCAGCCCGAGGAGAGCGUCUUAGAGUGGCUGCGCAACAUCGUGGCCAACCGGCUGGCAACAAGUGGGAUGGAGUGGGCAGCCAUUUUCCAGAAGUUCAACAGCGGCACGUACAAUAACCAGUGGAUGAUCGUGGAUUACAAAUCUUUCGUCCCAGGGAAGGCCAGCCUCCAGAAGGGCGUCCUCACAGUGCUGGAGCAGAUCCCGGGGAUGGUGGUUUUUGACGACAAGACGGAACUGCUCUACCAAGAAGGCUACUGGGCGAGCUACAAUGUGCCGUAUUUUAAAGAAAUCUUCAAUACCAGCGGCAUUCCUCAGCUGGUUCAGAAAUACGGCGACUGGUUCACCUAUGAGAAGAACCCCCGAGCCCAGAUAUUCCGCCGCAACCAGACGCUGGUCCGAGACAUGGGCUCGAUGAUCCAGCUCAUGAGGUACAACAACUUCCCGAAGGACCCACUGUCCCGGUGCCAAGGCUGUGAUCCGCCACAGAACGGCGAAAACGCCAUUGCCGCUCGCUCAGACCUGAACCCUGCUAAUGGCACCUACCCCUUUGGGGCCCUGUGUCAGAGGCCACACGGAGGCACCGAUAUGAAGGUCACUUCCUUUGAGAUGGCCAAGAACUACAGUUUCAUUGCCACCAGUGGGCCAACCUGGGACAACCUACCUCCUUUCCAAUGGACCUCCUCUCCCUAUCGCAAUCUGAUACAUAUGGGCCACCCUGACCUCUGGAGAUUCUCGCCCAUCCAGGUCCGCUGGGGCUGAUGCCUCACGGGCUGUGUUUGUGUGUGCUUGUGUCAAACUUUUCCCAUCAAGCUCGACACGACCCCAGCUGGGGCUGUGGGGCUUUGUGGGUGAGCAUGUCGCUUUUUAUUCCCGAAAGGGGCAAAGGUGCUUGAUAAUGAAUGGAUGCAAUC